UCUUCAACCAUAUCCAAGCAACCUAAUCGUCUACAUUCCAUCGAGCCACGAGUUACUCUCGCUCCGCAUUCCCUCCCCGCCCGCGCAAUCACCUCCCGCCGACGAUAGGGAAAGACACCAAGCGUGCCAGCGCUGAGGUGCCAGGACUAGAACCCCUCCGUCGCUCCGCUACAACGGAGGACGGCGUGGGUCACCAACGAGAGAGCCAUUCCUCUCGAGGACUGGAGUAAUAUUACACAGUCAAGAUGCCGAAAUUCCAAGUAGGCUGGUAUCGGUUUGUACCGUUCCUAGGAUACCACCAUGUCUUGAUGAUCUUGAUUGCAAUCGCCAUCAUCCUUCUAUCUCUACUUUUGGCAGGUUGCUCGUCAUCAUCACCUUUGAUCCCCGACAUCUUCCUCCUGUCGCUGUACUAUGACCAUUACACGGCAGUUCCUUCCACGGCGCAAGUUGAUUACAAUGUCCACACCGCUAUUGAGAACAUUGCCGGUGAUGCCCGCCUUGCUUGCCGUGUUGGAUACUUUGGUAUCUGCAUCAGCCCGGACGGCGGCAGUUGGCUUUGCAGCAAUAACGCCACCGCUCUCGCCAACGAGGUGUCGGUCGAUCAGGACCCCCUGAACCUGAUUUGGCUUGCCGCUCAGUUCAAGGAUAUGAUUGUCUUCCCCUAUCUCAUCAUCAUUGCCAUCAUCUUCGCCUUCGUCUGCUUCCUUCUGCUCGCCACCUUCCCGGGUUGGCACGAGGAGGAGGACUCCGAGGGUUCCGACCGCGAAGUCAAACCCUUCCCCUCGCGUCCCGUUUCCCAGAUUUCGCUGGCCAUUAUCUUCAUCGCCUCCAUCUUCGUGCUGGUCUCUGUACUCUGGCAGCACACCGCAUCCGUCGCCGCAUCGAUCAUCGCCCAAGAUUUCGGUAACGGCGCUGUCCGCUCUGGUGUCGGUACUUCCGCCAUGGUCCUCGGUUGGUUCAGCUUCACUCUGCUCAUCAUCGUCACCAUCGGCCUGUUGGUCAUGAUUCUCAGCAUUCGCGUCCUGAGCCAGAUGGUUGAUUAAGGAGCCGACGACGGAGAAGAUUAAAUGAGACGAAAGAUUUGACGACGAUACAUGUGUGAAGAAGAUGGGCACAUAGUCCCAAGCAAGAGUCGAAGGGGAAAACUUGUACAUGGAGGGCUUCUCAAGGAGGGGACAUCAUUCGAACCCCU